UAAUCAGCGAUAGUCCAGGAGCAAGAGAAUGUCAUUGUCUUUUUACAUAUGAUAAUGCAGUCUACUUAUUUGGAGGUGAUAUCAAAUGGAAUAAUAGUACAGUAAAUUCGUUUUUUCAUAAAGCAAAUAUGCCAUUUACUAUCUCUUCAAUCCCAUGGGAAGCCCUUGAUACUACCAAUGCUUUUAAUACUUGCGAUAUGACAUGUGUCGUUGAACCUUCAUUGAGUUUGCUGUUAGUCAUUGGCGGGUCACCUCCAGACUAUGUCAAAUUCCUCCAAAUUUAUAAUUUCAAUUCAAAUGUUUGGAAUGAUGAAAAAAAUGAAGCUCAAAAUUUGAAUAGCUAUCCUACAGAAAUUGAUCGAAUUUUUCAACCAUGA